UGAGAGGAGAGUCAAUGGAGAAAUACCCGGACAUUCACCCAAUCAAGAAAACAAAUAUCUCUGUCACAGUCAGCAUUUGUAAAUAUAUGGUAGUGGUAAUGGAUACCCGUAUUGUUUUGUGAUUGAAGAUCAGAGAGAGAGAGAGGGAGAGAGAGAGAGCAGGCCCUAAAGGAAGACGAUGGGUUGUCCAACUGCACUUAGAAAGGGGUGUUGGACACAAGAAGAAGACAGCUUACUCAGGAAAUAUGUUAAGGAGUUUGGAGAAGAGAACUGGAAGCACAUCGCUGCAAAAUCAGGGCUUCGCCGGUGUCGCAAGAGUUGCAGGUUAAGAUGGUUGAAUUAUCUUCGACCUAAUAUCAAGCGCGGCAACUUUGGGGCUGAUGAGGAUGAUCUGAUCAUGAGACUACAUCGACUCUUGGGCAACAGAUGGAGUAUGAUUGCAGGAAGGAUUCCAGGGAGAACACCAAAUGAAAUAAAGAACUACUGGAAAUCUUACUUGAGCAAGAAGAUAGCAUCAGAGACAAACAAAAAUUCAGUACCAGUGAAGCAUAGGACUCAGAGCUCAGCCAUGGAUGCUGAGAGAAUGGGAUCAGCUUCAGAGCGAAAACAAGGAAAAGAGGAAGAGGAAGAUACUGUAGCAUUCUGGAGGAGACUGCUGUCAGAGGCAGAAUACAAGGAAAAGUUUGUUUGGCAGUGAAGGAGAGGAGAUGGAGUUGGAGCUGGAGCUGGAGCUUGAAGAAGAUGAUGUAUGUAUAACAUGUGGGAAGCAUGACAUGGACGUUAUUGUAGAAAUUGUUGCUUAAAUAAUUGAAGUGAUUCUUGCAUUCCAAGCAUCCAA